AAUCGUCGAAAAACAUCACUUUCUGUCAUUCGAAAAAUUAUUUCGCAGUCGUCUGCUGGCCAAGUUUUUCCGAUUUUUCAAAGGGAUUUUCAAAUACACGAGCAAUAAUGGCUGAUUUAGGAGCACCCGUCAGAGUUUCUCCAUUGAUUAAGUUCGGAAGAUGGUCAUUCUUGGCUGUCGGAGUCGCCUAUGGAGCUUACCAUCAAAACAGAUUGUCCAAGAAGGCUGCCAAAGAACGUGAAAUCGAGGCCCAAAAGAAGGUUGUGCGCGAUGCACAAAUGGCCGCAGAGAAGAAGAAGGCUCAAGAACGUGAAGCCGCUGAAUGGGAAAGAAUGUCUGCUCCAGCGCCCAAGAAGUAAAUUGUGUGUUCUUCUUCUGAAAGAUGUUAAUCACGUAUCUAGCCUGUCAUAAAAUAAAACAUAAUUAUUAAUUCGAAAAUGUCCAGUUCAACGGGAUAAAAAUAAAUUUAAUUUCAAUCGGAAA